GUGGAAACCAGAGAAGGAAGAUGAAGAACGAAGAUUUUCCGAUCGAUUUACGGCGAAUAGCCACCGCCUCCGACCGUUUGUUAAUAAUCGCUCACGAUCCAAACAAGAUAGUCGACUCUACUGAGUUCAGAGACCUCUGCCUAACCCUCGCCAGGUUACAUUUACUUAAAAUCCGAUCGCAAGUGCUUAUUGCUUACUUCUGAAAGUUCGCCCUAGCUUUUUCUUAGUUCUUCAGGUAUUGGAUUGAUUGAUUGAUUUAACACUAGGUUGUUGAUCUAGGGUUUGUAAAAUGUAUACCGUAUUUAUGUUUUCUUAUUCAGUAUGAUAAUACACGCUAACUGAUUUGUAUAAACUUUACUGGAGAUAUCCUCAUUGUGAAUGAUCCAAAUGCUCUAUUGCUUAUUUCUCAACUUCUGAUAGUUCGUCCUAGCUUUUUCUUUUUCUUAGUUCUUCUCAGGUAUUGGAUUGAUUGACUCAACAAGAGGUUGAUCUAGGGUUUGUAAAAUAUAUACUGUAUUUAUGUUUUCUUAUUCAGUAUGAUACACGUUAACUGAUAUAAAUAUAAUGUGAAUGAUCUUGUUUAAAUAUAAUGUGAUUCAUAAAUCUUAUUUUUGUGUUAAAAUAUAAGAUGAUGGUUAAACAGAGGUUGUGUUGGAAUGGAAGAAUAUUUCUAUGGUAGAUGCCAAGUUAUGGGAAGACACAUCUAACUAUGGUAAAGAAGACAAAUAUACAUGAGGUUGUGUUGGAAGAAUAUUUCAAUGGUAGAUGACAAGUUAUGGGAAGCCACAUGUAACGAUGGUAAAGAAGACACAUAUACAUGAGAUAUUGACUAUUUUGUUUCAACAAAUACUAUCCCUGAAAGAGUUGAAGUGUUACCCGCAGUAAUAAAACAGGUUUGCCAAUGUAAAAAUGACCCAUCUAUAAUGGGAUCUAUCUUCACGUUGAUGUUAUCUGUUAAGUACGCUUGUAAAUUUGGAUUUUUUUUGGCGAAUGAUUCUGAAGAACUUCUUACCCUUACAAAUGAGAUAGAAAGCAGUUUUUGCGUUGGGGAUAAAUUUUCUAGUGGAAAUGAUACUCUUUCUAAUAUAAGAACAAUUAUGUCCAGAUUCUAUCCCUGGCUGAAGAUAGAGCAGAUCCUGACUUGUAUUGAAGUAGAGUCCGGCUAUGGGUUUUAUGUAAAGGAUUUCUUCAUUCCGAGGACUGUGAAGUUUCCAACCGGCGAAAUUCGAUUUUUGGUAGCUCGAACUGACUUAAUGGAGAACUCUUCUUGUCUCAUAAAUCCCCUACUAGUAAACUUUCUGCUCAAUGGAACUACUGUUACUUUGGAUAAAGGCCCACAAAUGCCUAUAGUUGUUACAUCAAUAAUGGCUUACGGUGUUAACCUUCUUCAAGCUGUGGGAGAAUUCAAUGGGAAUUCCAUCAUAAUUGUUGCUGUAAUGAGUCCAAUCUCAAGUGUUUCUAUCGCUGUCCAAGAUUAUGUUGCUCCUGUAGUUACUUCUCGUGAUUCUGGUGAUUCUGACCCUGAAAUAGCUAAGGGGGCGUCAAGAAUUUCAUUGAACUGUCCAAUAAGUUUCAAUUGUAUUAAAACACCAGUAAAAGGACAAUCAUGCAACCAUCACCAGCAGUUGGAUCAAAGAAACAGGACAGCCACGAUUGACCAAUCUUCAACAAGUCCACAUUUUAGUGCUCAAAGAGUCUCGAAAGCCUUGUCGCACUCUUUUGGCCCUUUACCUCUAUUAUCAUCGAAUAUCCUUCAAAGACCAAUUACUCGCCCGAGAAGCCAUCGAGACAGGCGAGUACAAACUCCAUCACCGUCAAGACGAUUUACAUCCCUUCAGCUUCCGCCUCUUCUGCCACCGCCUCCAGCAGCUUCUGAGUUGGAGCGCAAAUGGCGGCCGACAGGACGCAUGAGAGGAAGUUUGUCUGGACAGGAAUACAUAGAUGCUUAUUCGCAGUUUAUUACUCGGCCACCUCAUGUAACAACUACAACUACAGCAACAUCACAGGCGAGUAGUAGUAGAACACCACAAAUGUUGUCUGGAAUCACGUUCCCGCCUCAUAUGAGGCCACCUCAUGUAACAACUACAACUGCAGCAACAUCACAGGUGAGUAGUAGGAGAACACCACAAGAGUUAUCUGGAAUCACGAUCCCGCCUCAUAUGAUCAAUGCAAGGAACAAGAUGGCUCAGGUUUCUCAAACACAACACCACACGACCCCGAUGGCUCAGGUUUCUCAAACACAACAGGAGUUGUCUGGAAUCACAACCCCGCUUCAAUUAAUAGAGGCGGUGGACAGGAUGGAUCAGGUCACGACCCCACUUCAUAUUAUCGAAUCGAGGAACAGGCUGGCUCGGGUUUCUCAAACUGUUCAACUUUCUGCAACAAAUGGCGAAUCCUCGUCCACUCCUUCGCAAAACUUGAGUUAGUUGGUUUUUGAAAAUUUGAAUAGUAUGUUUUCAACUGUAUAUUGUAAUGAAUGAUGAAAUUUGUAUAA